AUGGCUGCAGGUAAAGAAGAAAAGAAGAAAGAAGACAUUGAAGUGAUCAAUGCUGUUUACAGGGUUAACCUGCAUUGCAUGGAAUGUGGGAACAAGAUCAAAAAGCAUCUCCUCAUUACCCCAGGGGUACAGAGUGUGGAUAUAGAUAUUGAGAAAGAUGAAAUAAAGGCAAAAGGGAAAAUAGACCCUUUGAAAAUAUUGAAGCUUAUAGAGAAGAAAAGCAAAAAAAAAGUUGAAUUAAUAUCACCAAAAGUGAAGCCCAAGGAGACUCCUACUGUGGAUAUAAAGCCCAAGGAAAUCAAAGAUCCAAUUAUCCGCACUAUCUCGGUGAAGGUUCACAUGCAUUGUGACAAAUGUGAAGCUGACCUAAAAAGUAUAUUAAUAAAGCACAAAGGUAUUUUCAAUGUUAAAACCGAUCAGAAGGCUCAAACUGUGACAGUUGAAGGUACAAUUGAAGUGGAUAAAUUGAUAUCAUUUUUGAGAAAAAGGGUGCAUAAAAAUGCUGAGAUUAUUUCCAUAAAAGAAGAGAAAAAGGGUAAAGAGGAAGGGAAGUCUUCAGAAAACACCAAAGAUAAGGAUCAAGGUAAGUCUAGUGAAUCAACAAAGGAAAAAAAUGAUGACAAAAAAUCAGGUGAAUCAACAAAGAAAAAAGAUGAUGACAUAAAAUCAGGUGAAUCUACCAAGAAAAAAGAUGAUGACAUAAAAUCAGGUGAAUCUACCAAGAAAAAAGAUGAUAGCAAAUCAGGUGAAUCUACCAAAGAGAAGGAUUUAGUGAAGUCUGGUGAAUCAGCCAAAGAGAAGGAUUUAGGGAAGUCUGGUGAAUCAGCCAAGGGAAAAGCAGAGGGCAAGUUAGGUGAAACAAGCAAAAUAAUAGAGAUUCAUCAAGGGUAUACAAAAGAAGAGAUUAAGAUUAAGGAUAAUGUUCCUUAUAUAAUUCACUAUGUUUAUGCCCCACAGCUAUUUAGUGAUGAGAAUCCAAAUUCUUGUUCUAUUUUGUAA